AUGUAUUAAUCCAAUCGAGUUGUACAAUACGCGACGCUGCGUCGUUACGUAACGUAAUCCAAAAUCCGGCGUUUUCGUUGAUGUUCUUGGCAGCGUAGAUUCAGUGCGUGAGAGCAGUUCAAAUAGCUAGAAUACAAGGUGCUGUGUGUGUGUGUUUGUUGCACUUGACCUUCACCAGUUGUAAACUUCCCAUUUGAUCGAAGUAUCAAAUAUAGGAAUAACGCGCGAGAACCAAAGCAGUAGCAAAGAAAGAAGCAAGAAGAUGUUCAGUAAGGUGGUGCUGAGCAGAAACCUGGCAAGGUACUCCAACCCGAGGCACCUAUCUACAAGUAAUGUCGUUUUGGCCAAACACAGCUGCAAGCUGUUGGUGGUUGGCGGCGGAUCAGGAGGAUGCGCCGUUGCGGCCAAGUUUGCGAAAAACAUGAAGAAGGAUGAGAUCAUCGUGGUGGAUCCUGCGGAUAUGCACUACUAUCAGCCUAUGUUCACUAUGAUAGGUGGAGGUAUCAAAAAGUUGAAGGAUGCCGGCAGAAAGAUGGGCGAUGUCCUGCCAAAGAAUGCUAAGUGGCUUAAGGACUCCGUAACCGAGUUUAACCCAAAGAACAACCAGAUCCAGACAAAGAGCGGCGACAUAAUCAAUUAUGAUUACAUGCUCGUCGGCGUUGGGCUUCAGUUGAAUUACGACAAGAUUCCCGGUGUCCUCGAAGGACUAUCCAUGAAGAACAGUGGCGUCUGCUCUAACUACUCCCCAAAGUACGUGGAUAGAACGUACGAAGCACUGCAGCAGUUUGAAUCUGGCAAUGCCAUUUUUACAUUUCCGAAUUCUCCGGUGAAAUGCCCGGGCGCUCCCCAAAAAGUCAUGUACAUCUCCGAGCAUUACUUCAGAAAAAUGGGCAAGCGUGACAAAGCCAAUGUGAUUUAUAACACUUCUUUGCCUGUGCUUUUUGGCGUUAAGAAAUACGCGGAUGCCCUCUGGAAGAUCGUCAAAGAGAGGAACAUCAAUGUGAAUUUGAGAACAAAUUUGAUCGAGGUCAGACCCAGCGAGAAGGUAGCUGUUUUCGAGAAUCUAGACAAACCCGAACAGAAGACCACCAUGGAGUAUUCUAUGUUGCAUGUAACACCUCCAAUGAGCACUCCCGAUGUGUUGAGGACAUGCAAAGAUUUGGUAAACGAUGCCGGAUACGUGGACGUUGAUAAGGAUACAUUAAGAAGCACCAAGUUUGGAAACGUCUUCGCGAUUGGCGAUUGUGGAAACUCUCCGAACUCGAAGACCGCGGCUUCUGUCGCUGCACAGUCGCAAAUCGUCUUCAAGAACAUGCAAGCCGUCAUGAACGGACAAGAUCCGAAGAGUGUCUAUGAUGGAUACGCGUCGUGCCCUCUGGUCACCGGAUACGGAUCUUGCAUAUUGGCCGAAUUCGACUACAAUCUUACUCCCACGGAAACUUUCCCAAUCAGCCAGGAUAGAGAGAUGUUCAUUAUGUAUAUGAUGAAGAAGGACUUCAUGCCGCCACUCUACUGGCACAUGAUGUUGAACGGCUACUGGAACGGCCCCGGUCUCAUGCGCUCCGUCAUGCACCUCGGCAUGAAAUAACUCAAUUUUAAUUCACACUAUCCAGUAUUCCAAUAAUUAAAAACCAUUAAUAAAUAACGCAAUUAAGAUUCGAUUUUGUUAAAUCUAUGUUACAAGCUCACUUCCGUUAUCUUAUCGGGAUAUAUAAGAUUACAGAAUCGUGAGGGAUUAAUUGGCAAAGUCUGUAUUUCCAAGCACCGAUGUAUUAUCAAUUUAAGUUUGAGUGGAGAAACACGCCCUAAACCAAACAAAUAAAUAAAUAAAUAAGUA